UCACAAUGUCCGGGGACCAGCCGUCGCUCGCGUCGCUGACGACCGCCAUCAUAUGGCCUGACACGCAUCACGCGCCAACAGCAGCCGCUGCAUAACUGCUCAUUCUCCCAUUCCAUCCUCGAUCACUGACCAUGGUCGCCGACGACCCGUUCCACGAGCCGCGCCCGCCUGCGCGCGCGCACAUCCCCUCCCCCAUACUGCGGGUCACGAGCGAGGGCGACCUCCCGGCGACAGCGAGCGGGAGUUACGUGACGCCCGAGGAUCUGCCUACUGCGCCACCCGCCGCCUUCACUGGCCCGGGCACGGGCACGAGAACACCCAGAAGAGUGCAGUGGACGCAAGACCAUAUAGUCAACCUCCCCCCGCUCGAGGCGGCCGACACCCGCGAGUCACAGCUGAGCGACACCAAUAUCAACGAGGUAAACGAUGCCCUUGAGCGCUUCCGUAGCCACCGCUACCGCCCCUCCAACUUGAGCACGGCGAGCGUGGCCUCGCUGGCGUCGUCGGACGCCAGCGACCACCACCACCACCACCACCACCACCCCUUGCGGAACAUGAUGCACCGCUACCCUCCCCAGCAAGCCGAGGACGACUACGACUAUCGUCUCGACCACCACUCGGACGAGGAGCGGCGCGACGUCUUUGACAACGGGCUCAACGAUCACACGGCACAGUACAUCCCGCCAGGCGAGACGGACGGGCUCCCCUCCCUCCCGUCGCAACCGGAGAAGAGCGAGAACCGGGCCGAGACCCUCGUGCGCGCGCACACGAGCAAGUGGAGCACGCUGCGGCGGCGCGUGCACCGCGGCAGUGUGCGGCGCCAGACAGAGCGCCCGACGUCGGGGAGAGACGAGUACGACCGCGUCGAGAACGAGCGGCCGCGACGCGACAGCGAGAAGCGGCGCUCGAGCGAGUCGACGGCCGUCGACGCGCCGCUCAACCCCCCCAUCAACCCGCCGAUCAAUCCACCGCUGGGCGGCAUGCCACACAUGCCGGGCGGGACGUCGGUGCUUUCCUCCCUGCUAGCGCUGUACGGGCGGCACCAGCACGACUCGGCGGCGCCGAGCCUCACGACGAGUGCAAGUAACACACCGGUGCCCAGCGACGACGAGGGGGACAAGUUCGGACGCAGGUCCCACGACGACGCGAACCGAUCAUCCACGAGCAUUGCCGACCGGCGUUCCCCGCUGCCCAGCCCCGGGCUGAAGAACAAGUUCCAGCGCGCGGCGCAUACAUGGAGACAAGGGGACCGGCCGAAAGCGGCGCGCUCGGACGCGGGCGUUUUCGGCGCGCUCAUCGGCGCGACGGGGGGGUUGGCGGCUAGCGCCGCGCCGAACUCGACAACCCUCGUGCCCGCCGCCAAGCGCACGGGCUACCAUCUCACGCGGUACAGUCUGCCGGGGACGCCGCAGGAGUUCCUCAGCCCGCCGCGCAGCCCGCGCUCGCGGCCAGCGAGCAUGGUCUCGGGCGUGAGCGAGAUGGGGGAGCGGGACGACGCGUCCUCGAAGAGCACGGACGACCUCGUGAUGAUGAAGAAGCGGGGGAAGCCGUCCUCGUCCUUGAACCUGCAGGCGUUGAGGAAGGAGGGGGGCGCGGCGCUGCACUCGGCCCAAAAGUGGAUUUCGGCAGGCACGCCGCUCACCGACGAGGAGCGGAAGCGCAAGGAGUGGGAGGCGGAGAAGCGGCGGCGGAAGAAGGCCAAGGAGCGGCGCAAGAAGCAGGAGGUGUUCAUUAUCCAGCACGUCGCGGCGAUCCUCGCGCGGCAGCAGUUCCUGCUCAAGCUCGCGCGCGCACUCAUGAUGUUUGGAAGCCCGUCACACCGCCUCGAAACGCAGAUCCAGGCGACGGCGCGCGUGCUCGAGAUCAACGCCCAAGUCGUGUAUUUGCCGGGCACGAUGCUCGUGUCGUUUGGCGACGACGCGACGCACACCUCGGAAACAAAGUUCCUCAAGCAGUCGACGGGGCUUGACCUCGGCAAGCUCCUCGCCGUGCACAACGUGUACUGGAACGUUGUGCAUGACCGGUGCAGCGUCGACGACGCGAGCCGCGACCUCGACGGCCUCAUGACGAGCAAGCCGCUGUAUUCGCGCUGGCAGACGGUGGUGAUUUCGAUGAUGUGUUCCGCCUUCAUCGUCGUCCCCGCCUUCUACGGCAGCUUCAUCGACGCGCUCAUGUGUGCCGUGCUCGGCGGGCUGCUCGCCGUCGUCCAAAUGCUCGCCGUCAUGAACGACAUGUUCAGCAAUGUGUUUGAGAUCGUCAUCGCCACGCUCAUCAGCUUCAUCGCCGCCGUGCUCUCCGACACAAACAAGUUCUGCUACACCGCCCUCGUAUCCGGUGGUGUCGUCCUCAUCCUCCCAGGCUUCAUCGUGCUCACUGGCGCCCUCGAACUCGCCUCCCGCAACAUCACGGCCGGCUCCGUCCGCAUCGGCUACGCCGUCAUCUACUCGCUCUUCCUCGGCUUCGGUAUCUCGAUGGGCGGCGAGAUCUACUUCAAGAUCCGGCACCGUGGAGUCAAGAACGCGGCGGAUUACACGUGCGCCGCGACCCACGUCCCCGGCGCGCCGUGGUACAUGGCAGAGCCGAGUGGCUACUGGUACUACCUCUGCGUGCCGAUGUACAGCCUGUGCCUGUCGCUGCGCAACGGGCAGCCGAUCCUGCGCAAAGAGACACUCGUAAUGAUGGCGGUCGGCAGCGCGGGCUGGAGCGCGAACCACUUCACGGGCCCCGUCUUCCGCAACCGCUCCGACAUCACGUCGGCCAUCGGCUCGUUCUGCGUCGGCAUCAUCGGCAACCUCUACGGCCGGUUUUUCAGCAACGGCGCCAGCUUCCCCGUCAUGGUGACGGGGAUCCUGAUGCAGCUGCCUUCCGGACUCUCGCAGGGCGGCUUGUUCUCUUUCGCGGCCGAGGGCCAGAAAAUCAGCGAAAGCAACGGCACAUCCGGGACGACGACGACGCAGUAUUCGCAGGGCUUCCAGGUGGCUGAGCAGCUCGUGUCCGUCGCGAUCGGGCUUACGGUGGGGCUGUUCGUCGCGGCCGUCGUCACGCACCCGCUGGGCGGGGGCCGGCGGCGCGGCGCUGGUAUUUUCUCUUUCUAG